CCUCCAAGAGACGUCAGUCGCGAGGCACCGAAGCUUUGUUGCAAGUGAAGGAGCAUAGAAUAACACACGGAGUCGGGCUGUGUCUCUUAGUAACAUGUAUUAACGAGCUGGCAUAUAACAGGACUGACGCUUGCAUCCGAAAAUCCCGCGAAGACUUGGAGACUGACGUGAGAAGACUAUUGGAUAAAGAAACCCGGCGCGCCCUUCCUCCUUCUCCUUCCCCCCCUCCUCCUCCUCCUCCUCCUCCUCCUCUUCCUCGGUUAAUGUUGUCAGUUCGGGCACGCGUGUGUAUGUGACUGACAGCCCGCUGGCCGACCUCCUCGCGCCGGACGGGAUCACCUGAAAGACUCGCAGGUGCACCAAGUCAUGCGCGCGGACCCACGAUGGCUCCCCAUGGCUACGAGAACGCGAAGGAGCGGGUCGUGAUCAACGUUGGAGGAUUCUGCCACCAGACGUACCGCAACACCCUCCGCACCCUGCCCGGCACCCGGCUGGCCUUGCUGGCCGAGCCCGACGCCCCGGAACACUUCGACUACGAUGCCGAGUCCCGCGAGUUCUUCUUCGACCGCCACCCGGGCGUCUUUGCGCAUAUCCUCAACUACUACCGCACCGGGAGGCUGCACUGCCCGGCCGAUGUGUGCGGGCCGCUGUAUGAGGACGAGCUGGCAUUCUGGGGCAUCGACGAGACGGACGUGGAGCCGUGCUGCUGGAUGACCUACCGCCAGCACCGCGAGGCUGAGGAGGCGCUGGACAGCUUCGGCGGGGGGCCCGGGCCGGAGGACGAGGAGGGAGACGGGGCGCCGGAGGGGGGGGAGGACGACCUGGAGAAAGCCAAGAGGCUUGCACUGGGGGGCUCCCCCGCCGGGAAGGGGGAGACGUGGGGACACUGGCAGAAGCGGAUGUGGGCACUUUUUGAGGACCCUUACUCGUCUAAAUAUGCAAAGAGGGUUGCCCUCUCCUCUCUGUUCUUCAUCCUGAUCUCCAUCACCACCUUCUGCCUGGAAACCCACGAGGCCUUCAACCCCGUCCGCAACGUCACCACUGUGGACCCGGUGGACAACGUGACGCGGACCUCCCUGGAGCCGGAGACGGUGGUGUACCUCACCUACAUCGAGGGCGUGUGCGUGCUCUGGUUCACCUUCGAGUUCCUGAUGCGAGUCCUCUUCUGCCCCAGCAAGCUGGACUUCAUCCGGAACACGCUGAACAUCAUCGACUUCGUGGCCAUCCUGCCCUUCUACCUGGAGCUGGCCCUGAGCGGCCUGUCCUCCAAGGCCGCCAAGGACGUGCUGAGCUUCCUGCGUGUGGUGCGCUUCGUCCGCAUCCUGCGCAUCUUCAAGCUAACGCGCCACUUUGUGGGGCUGCGCGUGCUCGGCCACACACUGCACGCCAGCACCAACGAGUUCCUGCUGCUCAUCAUCUUCAUGGCGCUGGGCGUGCUGAUCUUCGCCACCAUGAUCUACUACGCCGAGCGCCUGGGCACCGACCCCAAUGACCCCGACGCCCCCGAAUCACACUUCAAGAACAUCCCCAUCGGCUUCUGGUGGGCAGUGGUCACCAUGACCACGCUGGGCUACGGGGACAUGUACCCCCAGACCUGGUCGGGCAUGCUGGUGGGGGCUCUGUGCGCGCUGGCCGGGGUGCUCACCAUCGCCAUGCCCGUGCCCGUCAUCGUCAACAACUUCGGGAUGUACUACUCGCUGGCCAUGGCCAAGCAGAAGCUGCCCAAGAGGAAGAACAAACACAUCCCGCGGGCCCUCCAGCCCGGCUCCCCCGACUACUGCCACUCGGGCCGGACCUCGCCCCACGGCAGCCUGCGCAGCGAGCUGGCCGGGCCCCUGGAGGCGGACCCCCCCGACAUCCCCACGCCAGUGGUCCCCACUCCGUACCUGAAGCUGAACGGGGAGACGUCGAAGGCGGCCCUGGCCCACGAGGACUGCCCCGACAUCGACCAGGCCAUGUCCACGGAGGAGGGCGCCGUCUUCAGCCCCGCCCAGGAACACGCCGACCACCCCUGCUUCCUGCUGCUACCGGCUAGUCCCGCCUCCUCUGGGGGCAGGGCAAAGAGAGGCUCUAAGCGGCGGGGGCGGACCAAACGGGAGAAGCAGUCUGUGUGUGUGAUGAACCAGGGCGUGCCCACCACCCUCUGUCGCGGCCACACCCUGCCCUCCCCCCCUCCCAAAGCGCCGUAGUGGGGGCAUGAAGUAAGUCUGGGGGGGGGCAACGGACCCCGUAGGAGCCCCCCCCUGUGGGUCUCUCCCCGUGUGUGUGUGUCCGUCGCUGUGUGCCAUCUAAAACUCAUUUGCAUAACGGGCCAAGAGGCCGCGCGCCGAACAAAAAUGAAAUAUGAAUAUGGACAAACAGGGAUUUACAAUACAUAAUAUGGAUGAUAUUCAAGCAUCGGUAAAAGAUAUAAGCAAUGACUGACAGAGUGUUACUGCUGGCCUGGACCGUGUUGCUCACACUAGUGUGUAACAGCCGGACACAUGGAGGUGUGUAUGUGGGGGUGCAGAUGGAAUUCUGUUUGUGUGUGUGAGUGCCUUUGUUUGUGUGCGAUUUCUGUUUGCAUGGGUGUGUUUGUGUCUGUGUGUGGGUGUCUAUGGGUUAAUGUGUGUGUAUGCGUGUGCAUGUACGUGUAUGUGUGUACACAAUCAACCCUCAAGCUCCAUCUCUGCCCGGACGCUGUGUCUGUCCUCGUUGUGAGAGGCCGAGUGUGAUGUUCCAUCCUGUCUGUUGGCAUGGAGCCGGCCCUCCAGUACCUCCUGUGGAACGCAGCCGGCGCGCCGUUGGCUAGUUCUUCUAAAACAAGGGGAUAUAGGGGCCUGGGGGAGGAGCGCUGUGAUUGGUCGGUUUCAGGGUAGCAUGGGGUCUUUUUGAAACUAUCACAAUGUAUGCGUCGAUAGACUUUCCUCUAUUAGCAUGGUUAUUUAUAAAUUAUGUACAUUUAUACUUUACACAAAAUGUAAUAUUUACAUUUUAUUGGAAGAAUGUCACCUCUGUGUUUGUUUUGUAAGUGUCCUAUGUCCCCCACUAGACGUAGGACUGAAGGACCAGCUGUUUAGCGAGUACGUUGUGCCAUAUUCAAUCUUUACCCACGAGGAGAAGCUGCUCUGACCAGAUCAGGCAGUCCUUGAGAUGGUCAGGGUGGACUCUCCUCUCUCUUGUGCAUGAUGUCAGGUGAUGUGUCUAUGCAAGGUAUGAUUCAUGAGUUAGCUUUAAGUGAGUGUUUGAGUGUUCUUGAAUUGCAUUACUGCUUGAUCUGACUGAGAACACUUCACAUUGGAGCCAGAGGCGAGAUGCCCACGGAGGAGUCUAGGGCUAACAGCAAUAUCACCACAAACAAGGUUUUUAUAUGACCUAUUUAAUAUGGAUUCAUAUUUUCAUGAAUUAACAUUUGGUAUUCCUGGUAAGGGCAGGUUUGCUUUUUUUAGCUCUUUAUCGAUCUAUCUUUCUGUCGAUCUACCUAUCUAUCUUUCCAUCGAUCUAAAAAUCUAUCCAUCUUCCUUUCUAUCAAUAUUUAUAUCUAUCUAUCUAGCGAUACUAAUCUCCGCUUUGCUCUUAAAUUAUAAUUUCGAGUUUAAUUGUAUUUUCCCUGAAGAAGCCCGAUCACAUCUGUUGAAACAAAAGAAUCACGGACGCAUGUCUGGUUAUGAUUGCUGAGGCAAUUGUGUCUCAUUUAUUUUGUGUGUUGUAGUUUUACAAUUGAAAUUGAAAUUAACAAUUGAAAUGAAAAAUAAAGUAUGCAUCUAUAUUGUUGUUUA